UAGCGCGUCUGACUCCAGAUCAGAAGGUUGCGUGUUCGAUUCACGUCGGGUUCAAACCCCCCGAUCCAAGUCCGGAUAUUUUUUGUUCCUCAAAAUUUUUUGUUCACCGAAUUCUUCAUCUCGUAUCAUCUUUCGGUCUCGAUCUCUUCAUAAUGGAUGCAAAGAAUCCUAUUCUUCCUUUUAUUUAAUGCAGUCCCAUCACUCUCGCGCUCAUUUUUCUCUGCAAAAAUCCGCACAAAAUCUCUUCUGAAGAAAAGGGAAACCGGAGCAUCGGAAGUGAGCUGAAGCCAUGGAAGUGGAUCCAAGCAUCGCGGUGGAGGCCGAGGCCGCAGCGCGCCGGAGCGAGGAGGCGGCGGAGGCCUUCUUCCGCGCCGCGCCGCCGCUCCGCGACCGCGACCGCGUCGCCGCCAGCGUGGCCGAUUUCGUCGCCCGCCACUCCGCAGGGAGCGGCGAUGCGGGCGGGCCCGCCGGGGUGAUCUGCAUCACCUCCGGCGGCACCACGGUGCCCCUGGAGCAGCGCUGCGUGCGCUACAUCGACAACUUCGCCUCCGGCCAGCGGGGGGCGGCCGCCACCGAGUAUUUUGUCAACGCAGGCUAUGCUGUCAUCUUCAUCCAUCGCCGUGGGAGCAAGCAGCCUUACUGUAGAUUUCUCCCAGAGGAUUCGUUUCUCGAUCUUUUUGAGCUUGGUGAAGACUCAGAGAUCCAAGUUCCCCAAUCUCAUUCUGCUGUGGUCAAGGCAGCUAUUAGCAAUUAUCGCAAGGCAAUUGAUGAAGGCCUGCUUCUGAAACUUCCCUUCACGACAAUUUUUGAGUACCUUCAGUUACUACAAAUGGUAGCUACUUCUAUGAAUUGCUUGGGGCACCGUGGAAUGUUCUUUCUUGCUGCUGCAGUUUCUGACUUUUAUGUUCCAUGGGAAAGCAUGGCUAAGCAUAAAAUCGAGUCAGCAGUUGGCCCUUUAAGCAUGCAACUCAAUCAAGUCCCUAAGAUGCUUUUCAUCCUCAGAAAAAAUUGGGCCCCUUCAGCAUUUUGUGUAUCAUUCAAGCUCGAGACGGAUCCAAACAUUCUUCUACAGAAGGCGGAGAUGGCUUUGAAGAAGUACGGUAUGAACGUGGUGGUUGCCAACGAGCUUGCAAACUACAAAGAUGUGGUGGUCAUGGUCACAAGCAGCGGGAGGACGGCCGUGAGCAGGAGCAGCAAGGAGGAAGACCUGGAAGAGCAGCUGACUGAGCUCCUGGUAAAGAUGCACUCGGAGCACAUCAGACAAUCCGGUUCAGAAGACUGUUAAAGUUGAACACAUGGUGGGGGCAGAGUAUCGGCUAUUUGAGUUACUUCUAUCAAGCUGCUGCAGAGAUCACCUGGUUCAUCAGAGGCUCAGUGUGUUGCAGCAGGCCAAAGUUAUGGAUCGCACCAAUGCGGCAAUGCCUAUACACGUUUGAAUUCGAAUGCAAAGCUAGCUAUAAGUCGGCAUUGUGAUGCCACUGUUCUCUGUUAAUGUGGGUGCAACUGGGGCCCUAUAUGAUGAAUGAACACAGUGAUGUCGAGAGAGAGAAAGGUUGACUAGAGUUUGCGAAAAAUUAUAUAGGGGCCAUGCUUGCCUUUGGUUUCUUUAACCCUCAUGAGUUUUGAUACAUCGAUGCAACGUCCUGUACCUGUAUGAAA